AUGGCACGAGCGGAAAUAGGCACAGCCAAAUAUCAAUCUAAGAAAUUAAAAGCUUCAGGGCUUCAGAAGUUAAAGUUCUAUUGUCAAAUAUGUCCCAAACAAUGUCGAGAUGAGAAUGGAUUCAAGAAUCAUUUAUCAUCACCAAGUCAUUUGGGAAAGGUCUCUAAUGUCACGUCAUCUACCAUUCAAGAUUAUUCAACUCAAUUCGAAACUGAUUUCUUACGAUUAUUAAAGGUGAAUCAUGGGAUCAAGAAGAUAAAUGCUAAUAAGUUCUAUCAAGAAUAUAUUUUGAAUGAUAAGGAUCAUGUUCAUAUGAAUACCACGAAAUGGAAUAGUUUGACAUCAUUCAUCAAACAUCUUGGUCAGACUGGUUCAGUCAGAGUUGAAAGUGAUAAUGCAAGUGGAGGUAAUGAUGAUGAGUUUAAUUUAUCAAUACGAUUAAUCGAUCAUAAAUCAGAUUAUGAAAAGAAUCAACAAGAUAAAUCAUCAAAGUCUUUAAAGAGUGAUGAAGGAUUAUCUAUGAAACUUAUCAAUGAACAAAUCAAAAGAGGUAAAUUACAAAGUCAAGAACCAGAAUCUCAACCUCCAAUAACAUUACCGACCAAUGUGGGACCUAUAAAAUUAUCGCUUAAGAGUAAAUUACAGAAAAAGCCAAUAACGAAAAUACGAUCAUCAACGCCAUUUGAUAAUAGUGACGAUGAUGAUGAAGAAGAACAAUAA